AUGACUCAGAAUUUAAUCCAUAGAAACAGAGGUCUCUGUUUUGUCUUAAUCAUCCUCUACGUUCUCGUAUUCUGCUUCCCUCGCAGGCUCUCCGCCAGAAAUCAACCGGAGGAAUAUACAACAAACGCAACUCAAACAAUCAAAGUCAGCAACGCCACGCGGCAUGAUUUCUCACGUCUAAUAGACGUCCAGCUAGGCAGCCACGUCAGCGGCGUAUCCGAGCUCAAAAGAUACCUCCACCGCUUCGGUUACGUCAAAGAUUACGGUACUGAUGGCUCCAAGAACUUCUCCGACGUGUUCGAUGGUCAUCUCCAGUCCGCAAUCUCUCUGUACCAGCAAAAUCUCGGUUUACCGAUAACCGGGAGACUCGACACGAGUACAGUCACUCUCAUGUCGUCACCGCGAUGUGGCGUUAGCGACACACACAUGAUCAACAACAACAGUCUACACACAACGGCGCGUUAUACGUACUUCGGUGAUGAGCCAAAGUGGAACAGCGACAGACUAACGUACGCCUUCUCGAAAACACACAAACUCGAUUACCUCACAUCCGACGAGGUCAAAGCGGCUUUCCGACGAGCGUUCGGGCACUGGGCGAGCGUGAUUCCUGUGAGUUUCGAGGAGGUUGAAGAUUACACGACGGCCAAUUUAAAGAUUGGAUUUUUCGUCGGCGAUCACGAUGACGAGCUGCCGUUUGACGGAGUCCUCGGGACUUUAGCACACGCCUUUGCGCCAAAGAACGGACAAGUCCACUUCGACGCGGCGGAGACAUGGGUCGUCAACGGAGACUUCGGAUCAAAGGUUGCAGUUGACUUGGAGUCGGUGGCGACUCACGAGAUUGGUCACUUGCUGGGAUUAGGACAUAGCUCGCACAAGUUAGCGGUUAUGUAUCCGACCAUCCGGCCAAGGACCAAGAAGGUUGACCUUGCGGUUGAUGACGUGGCAGGUAUACUCAAGUUAUAUGGGGCGAAUCCAAAAUUACGGUUGGAUUCACUGACGGAGCUGAAAGAUUCUUUAAACGGCGGCGUAUCAGGGAGAUUCUUGUCGGGGAAUGUUAUCGGUUAUGCUCUGUUGGUUGUUUUGAUUCUGUUACUAUAG